CGCGCGAGAGCAAGCUGGGGCCCCUUGCUUCUCCACGCCCUCCACCACCGCCUCCCUCUCGCCCCUCCAGCAGCAGAGCCUCGUCGGCCAUGCGGCACUCGCUUCUGCUGCUGAGCCUGGCGCUCCUCGCAGGCGCACAAGACCUGCCGCCCGCCCCACCUCUCCCCUCACCCCCACCAACGCCCAUCCCCCUCCCCGGCGGCGCCGGCGAGAUCGACGAUGCCGGCUGUCGCCUGCUCGGGCCCUUUGCGCUCUUCGUCCAGGCACUCAUGGGCGUCGUAGUCGUCGGCUCGCUCGUGUACAAGCGCACGCGCGAGAAGCCGCGGAGGCCUUGGCGCGUCUGGAUGCUCGACAUCACCAAGCAGAUGCUCGGCCAGGCAUUCGUGCAUUCCCUCAACGUCUUUCUCUCCGACUGGGGCUCUCAUCAAGGCGAAGAGCGCGAGAAUCCAUGCUCUCUCUACGUCCUCAACGUCGCUGUCGAUACGACGCUGGGCGUGUUCUUCAUCUACGUCACGAUGCGCUUCCUCACGCAUCUCCUCACCGACGUGCUUGGCAUUGAAGGUUGCGUCUCGGGCCAAUACACGAGCGCGCCCAUCGUCACUACCGCACCUUCCAUGCCGCCUUCCUCGGGGCGUCCUCGCCUGCCGCGCACGCGCACGCGGCGACGCUACUCUCGCCGCGCCACCCAGCAUGCCCAGCGGCCUCGUCUCGCCUUCUGGGCGCGCCAGCUGGGCAUGUAUCUGCUCGCGCUGCUGCUCAUGAAGCUCGCCGUGCUCGUGCUCUUCGCCCUCUUCCCGUUCCUGAUCACCGCAGGCGGAGCGCUGCUAGACUUGUUCGGCGAACACAAGAAUGCGCAGGUGCUGUUCUCGAUGAGCCUUUUCCCGCUCGUCAUGAACGUGCUGCAGUUCUGGCUCAUCGACACGCUACUACGACAUGAUCCGCACACGAGCAAAUACGUGGGCGAUGCGGAUGAGGAAGAGGCGUUGGGCAAUGAGAGCAGGGCAAGCGAGAGCACCGACUAUCGAGCAAGCACCGACUACAGAGGGAGCACGGACUUCCGCAACAGUACGGACUACGCAGAGGGCACGCUCUAUCGGCAAGGCUCGGCUUCGACAGCGCAUCUCGUAGGCGACGCCAGCGAGAGCGAGGGCGAAGACGAGACGCCCCGAGCUGCCACAACCCCAGCUGGUCGGGCACAAGACGGCGCCGCAGCAGCGGAAGACGGACACGCGUAUCCACCUUCGAUUGGCUCGCGUGGCUCCCGCUCAAGACCCUCUUCCCCACCCGCGCCGCCGCCGGCGAUGCGUGCCUCGGCAUCGUCGCUCGACGACCUGCGCGUGCAGGCAAGCCGCACGCUGAGCGACGAGGGCGAAGAGGAGGCGUGGGAUGCGUGGGACGACGAGACGGACAACACCGGCGCGGCAGGAGGAGGAGGGCCAGGGAAGAAGGCACACGCGAGGGAGAACAGUGCGGGUAGCUUUGGACUUGAGACGCAGACGCAGGGCAGGAAGGAGGUGAAGAGGGACUAGAGGGUCAACACAGAGCUUAUACAACGGGGCGUUGCAAGCGAGCGAGACAGCGUGACGAGACUGAGGCUGCGCUGACGCAAGCGAACGUCGAGUGGGCACCGAUGGCAUUGCGAGGCACCAGGUGUACAAGAAGAAAAUGUGCCUGUCCCGAGCAGCCCGAACC